AUGGGCUAUUACAGUCACCGCGGCGAGGAGGAGAGCCUGCUCGGACGCCGCCGUGAUCACGGCUCGAAGCAGCAACGGUCUCGAACAAGGUCGGUGGCGACCAUGGCUGCCCUGUUGGGCAUGCUCUUCCUGUCGGCUGUGUACUUUGUGCCGGGAUCGGACUACGAACCCUCACAAUUGACAACAGAGAUGCCCGGAGCGCAGCCUGACCAGCCAAAUUCUCCUCUUUCAAAGUCGAAGAGGACGCCGCACAGUGAUGGCACUUGCAAUACUGUUAACGGUGGUUAUCAAUGCAACCCUGAGGUCUCGCACCGUUGGGGACAGUAUUCACCUUAUUUCUCUCUUGCAGAGGAGUCUGCUAUCUCCGAUGAGGUACCUGAUGACUGUCGCAUCACUUUUGUUCAAGUGCUGUCCCGCCAUGGCGCUCGGUACCCUACCGCGUCGAAGAGUGCGAAAUAUGGAGCUCUCAUCGCUAAGAUCCAAGCCAACGCUACGGCUUUCAAGGGCAACACAAAGUUCCUUCAGUCGUACAACUACACUUUGGGCAGCGAUGAUCUGACGUCGUUUGGAAAGCGCGAGAUGGUCGAGUCUGGAUUGAAGUUCUACCAGCGUUACGCGGAGUUGACCCGGAAGUCUGUGCCUUUCGUUCGUUCUUCUGAUUCAUCGCGGGUUGUGGAAUCAGGAAACAAGUUCAUCAACGGCUUCCAAUAUGCAAAGUCGAAAGAUCAAAAAGCCAAUCACCAGCAGCCAGCUCCCCAAAUCAGCGUCCUCAUCUCCGAAGACCCUGGCUUCAACAACACUCUCAAUCAUAACACAUGCACAAACUUCGAAAGUAGUACACUGGGUGAUGACGUCGAUGACGAAUUCACAUCCAUCUUUACGCCAGCAAUUCGUACACGUCUCGAAGCCAACAUCCCAGGCGUUGAGCUCUCCGGCACAGAGGUUGUCUACCUCAUGGAUAUGUGUCCCUACGACACAGUUUCCCAAUCAACCGUCGGAUCAACACUAUCCCCAUUCUGCGACCUCUUCACGGAAGAAGAAUGGAUCCAAUACAACUACCUCCAAUCUCUAGACAAGUACUACGGUUAUGGAGCAGGCAAUACUCUUGGCCCAGCUCAAGGUGUCGGUUUUGUAAACGAACUGAUCGCCCGUCUUACUCAAACCCCCGUUCACGAUGACACAAGCACAAACCACACUCUUGAUGCAGCUGGCGCAGCAACAUUCCCCCUGAACUACACCACAUACGCAGAUUUCUCACAUGACAACGGCAUGAUCCCCAUCUUCUUCGCGUUGGGAUUGUAUAACAGCACCGCCACGCUCCCACGCACUCAUGUUCAGUCCUCUGCACAGACUAACGGAUACUCUGCGUCCUGGACCGUGCCAUUCGGUGCGCGAGCAUACUUCGAGAUGAUGCAGUGUCAUUCGGACCCGAACCCUGAGCCAUUUGUCCGGGCUCUAGUUAAUGACCGUGUUGUGCCGUUGCAUGGGUGCAACGUUGAUAAGCUUGGGCGCUGUCGUCGGGCCGAUUUCGUCAAAGGGCUAGAUUUCGCACGUUCCGGCGGAAACUGGAACCAGUGUUUUGUUUAA